AUGAAGACCUUCUUCGUCUGCUUGGCUCUCUUCGGCUCUGCCACCGCUUUCUUGUUCCCAGCUGCCCCAGCUGCCGGAGGCGGUUGCUGGUAAGUCAAACCUUAUUUCUAUCUCAACUUUUUUUUACCUUUUACUAUUAUAAAAUAAUUAAAAAAUUUAAAUUUUUUUAAAAUUUGAAACGUUUUAGCCCACCACCAGCCCCAUCAUGCGGAUGCGGAGCCCCACCACCACCAGCCCCAUGCGGAGGAGGCUGUGCCCCCACCACCACCACCAUGCGGAGGUGGCUGCGGAGCCCCACUCCCACCACCACCCCCACCAUGCGGCGGUGGCUGCGGAGGUGGCCCAAUCGGAGGCGGAUGCGGAGGUGGUGCUCCAAUUGGAGGAGGAUGCGGAGGUGGCCCAGCUGUCGGAGGAGGAUACGGAGCCGGCCCAGCCGUCGGAGGCCCAAUCGGAGGUGGAUACGCCACCGGACCAGCCGUCGGCGGAGGCUACGGAGCUGGCCCAGCUGUUGGAGGAGGAUACGGAGCCGGCCCAGCCGUCGGUGGCCCAAUCGGAGGUGGAUACGCCGCCGGCCCACAAGUCGCUCCAGCCGGAGGAAACGCCUACGCCGGAAAGAAAUAA